GUUAGAUACUGCACAAGCUUACAAGUUAUUUAGUAUUAAUCCCCAAAAGUCCAAAAACCCAAAUCAUUAAACUAGCUAUCUAUAGAAAUGGAACUUCAUCAAGUUCUACACAUGAAAGGAGGAGAUGACAUUUCAAGCUAUGCAAAAAACUCAUCAUUUCCGAAAACAGUGGCAACGAAGUCGAGACACAUCCUUGAAGGGAGCAUCAAGGAGUUGUGUAGAGGAAUUAACAUGAAAGAUUUGUUAUAUGGGAAAUGCUGGAUAAGGAUGGCUGAAUUGGGAUGUGGGUCUGGAUCCAAUACGUUGACAACCAUCAAAAGUUUCAUUGAAAUUUUGGACAAAGAAUUUUACCAUAAUAACAACUUGAAUAGUUCUAGGGUUGAGGUUGAUGAUGCAACAGCAUUACCUUCAGUUGAGAUAUUACUGAAUGAUCUUGUAUCCAACGAUUUCAACUUGAUCUUCAAGUCACUCCCUAAAUUCUACCAACAACUUGAGAAGCUUGGUCUGCGCCGGCUGCCCGGAUCUUGCUUUGUCUCCGCCGUGCCCGGUUCAUUUUAUGGGAGGCUUUUUCCGGACAACUCCAUCCACUUCUUCCACUCAUCUCAAAGCCUCCAUUGGUUGUCUCAGGUUCCAGCCAAACUGAUGACUGAAAACGGCUUAUCACUUAACAAAGGAAAUGUUCACAUUGGGAACACUAGUCCUCCGGCAGUUCAUGAUGCAUAUUUGGAACAAUUUAAAUCCGAUUUCAGCACGUUUUUGCGCAGGCGUUCGAUAGAGAUGGCGUCACCAGGGCGAAUGUUCUUCAUCUUAUGCUCAGACACCCCUGGAAGUGUCGGUUUUCGGUAUCUGGACCAGACCCUAAAUGAUAUGGUGAAGGAAGGAAUCAUUGAAGAAAAAGCUUUGGAUGGUUUCAACAUCCCAAUGUAUGAACCGACAAUGGAGGAAAUGAGGUGGAUCAUUGAGGAAGAAGGGUCGUUUGAAGUGAAUCAAAUCGAAACGAUUCGAUGGAAUAAGGAUGAUGAUGUUAAAAACAUGGAUCAAGAUCCUGUGAGGGAAAUGUAUGUGAGGGUCACAAGAGCUGUGUUUGGGAGUAUAAUUGAGAGCCAUUUUGGAGUUGGAAUUAUGGAUGAUCUCUUUCGCAGGUUGGCAAAGAACAUAUCUGAAUGUGUUGAGAAUUUCAUCUGGAUACAAGAUAGUUUGGCUGUUUCCCUUGUUAAAAAGGAUUAAUUAGCUCUCAUUCUUCUUCUUCCCUUCUUUCCAAAUCACUGGGAAGAUUCCGCUGAGAACAUGAUUUGGUUCAUUUUCUUUUCUUUUCUUCUUCUUCUUCUUUUUUUUUUUUUUUUUUAAAAAAAAUUCUCGUUGUACUUGUUCAAUAAGCAGAAUUUUUCUGCCAAGAGUUAAUUCGAAUUUGUCUUUUGCGUGGCAUAAUCUAUUGAGGGAGAUUUCUUCAGUAGACUAUUUGGGUAUUGUUAAUUAAAAUAACGUUCAUUUCGAAUGGUAUGGUUGGAGAGGAUUUGGUUAUUGUAAAACAUUUGGGACGAUUAUUUUUUGUGGAUAUAUAUAUUUUUUAUUAAACUCGAACUCUAGUACGUAAUUUUAUUACUAGCUUGUAAUGUUGGAUG